UUGCUGUGGUUGUAUAUUUAGGUGUUAUUUUUUAGAUUUUUUAAAAUGUUAUUAUUGUAUUGAGUAGACAAUAAUAAAAUCUUCUAUAAAUCAAUAUUUUAAGUUAUAUUACCUUAUUCUGUAGGUGAUGCUAUAAAUAUAUCCAUUGAUGUGAACAUUGGCGGCAGCAAACAAACAUGCAGGAAUCUCAAAAAUCGGCAGAAAAUGCCGAAAAAACUAAACAAAAAGCUUCAUCAGAAUCUCAGGGAAAUUGUUACUGCGGCAAAGAUCGAAAUCUUAAUAUAGCAGAGUUGUUAUGUGCUUCUUGCAACAGAUGGUUCCACGAAUCUUGUAUUGGAUACCAGUUGGGCAAGCUAGUGCCGUUCAUGACUAACUACCUGUUUAUUUGCAAGAAUUGUUCUCCGACUGGUUUGGAGACCUUCAAGAAGAACCAAGCUCCAUUUCCGCAAAUGUGCCUCACAGCCAUUGCUAACCUGCGGCAGGAGAGUGCCAAAGAAGGCCGGAAUCGGAUGAUAUUCAGUAAGGAUCGGGAGAUUAUUCCAUACAUUGACCAGUAUUGGGAGGCUAUGACCACCAUGCCAAGAAGAGUGACCCAGUCGUGGUACGCGACGGUCCAGCGCGCUCUAGUGAAGGACAUACAAGUUCUGUUCACGUACGAGGACGACGCCGCAGACGGCCCCAUGUUCGGGCUGUACAACACUGAGCUCACCUCGAUAAAGCCCAACUACGAAGCCAUGAUCAAGCAAGGCCAGUUGAAGGUCACUGACAUGGGAAUUGCUACAAUACCUCUAGCAGGCAACGUAAAGGGCCGGCAAGGGAAACGCCGGCCCGCCGUGGGAGGCGCGGCGGACACGGGUGCUCCGCUUGGCAAGAAAGGCAGGGGGAACGAACUCGGAGCCCUGAAGCUGCCCUCACAUGGUUACCCUACAGAACACCCGUUCAAUAAGGACGGGUAUCGGUAUAUUUUGGCUGAGCCGGAUCCCCAUGCACCCUUUAGACAGGAAUUUGACGAGAGCAACGAAUGGAGCGGCAAACCAAUCCCGGGUUGGUUGUACCGUUCUCUGUGUCCCGGCGGCGUGUUGUUGGCACUCCACGAUCGCGCGCCGCAGCUGAAGAUAGCCGAGGAUCGUUUAGCUGUCACUGGGGACAAGGGUUACUGCAUGGUGCGAGCCACGCAUGGCGUAUCUCGGGGAGCGUGGUACUGGGAGGCGAGCGUGGAGGAGGUGCCGGAGGGCGCGGCGGCGCGACUGGGCUGGGGCCGCCGCUACACCAACCUGCAGGCGCCGCUCGGCUACGACAAGUUCGGCUACUCGUACCGCAGCCGCAAGGGCACUAGGUUUCACGAGUCACGCGGCAAGCACUACAGCUCUGGGUACGGCGAGGGCGACACUAUCGGCUUCCUCAUCGUGUUGCCCGACAGCGCCUCCACUAAGUUCACGCCCAACACUUACAAGGAUCGACCUCUAGUCAAAUUCAAGAGUCACUUGUACUACGAAGACAAGGACAACAUCCAAGAAUCUCUGAGCAAUCUCAAACCGCUGCCGGGCAGCAAGAUAUACUUCUUCAAGAACGGAGAGUGCCAGGGCGAGGCCUUCACGGACAUAUACCAGGGAUGUUACUACCCGUCCGUGUCGCUACAUAAGAAUAUCACUAUCAGUGUCAACUUUGGACCCAACUUUAAGUAUGCCCCAUCUACGGAGUUCAAGUAUAGACCGAUGUCAGAAAAGGCAGAAGAAGCGAUAUGUGAGCAGACCAUGGCAGAUCUGCUGUACCUCACAGAGAACGAGGGCAAGCUGCGAUUGGACAACUUCAACCUCUGAUAUUAACACUGUCCGGGGCACAAAUGUGACUGACCGGAGAGUGUUGUUGGUGUGUUGGUUUUUGGUAUUACCGUUGCAAUGUGAAAUAUAAUGGCGGCUACACAUUGACGACGAACUCGGAAAGACGCGAGAGGAUUAUGUAGUUUAUAUGAAAAACCAGCAAUCUCGAUAAUGUAUAGCCGGCAUAACACUGUCCUACACAAUGUGUUAUGUCAUGUCUUAGUAAUAACCCGUGACAACGCCUUUACAUGAACAUUUAAAAGUUAUAACAGUAUGAUUUCUGAAGACAAUUCUCAAGAGUGAUAAUACUUGACUCAAAAUUGUGAUUUUUGGACUUGCAACAGUAUUCAUUGGAUGUGCGAUAUAAGAUUGUGAGAUAGUAAAAAAUGUUUUUUUUUUUUCAUUACAGCCGUUUUAAUGGCAUGGCCUUAAAGCCUCUUAAAGUUUUUAACCAUAUCGUUAGCAAUCAGGCAAAGGUUAUUUUUUAAACUUCAAAAGUACAAUCAACCAUUGAGUUAAGUAUAUUGUGUUAUGCAAUGUUGUUUGCAAAACUAAAAGCUAUCUUUUCUAGAAUUUGCAAUCACCUGUUGUGAAAUGAGAAGAAAAUGGCUUUAAAUGUUAAUACAUGUUUAAUAAGUGAAUUUGUAUGUGUUAUCUAUGUACGUAUCAUACAAUUUGUAUUGAAAUGUGGUUUGCACCAUCAAUCUUGACGUUAACCAAGUACGCCGUUUUGUUUAAAUGUCAGCGCAUGUUAAAGUCAACGUCAAAUUUGACUGGUGCAACUCAUCCGAAAUCUACAGGCAAAAAAUGUAACACAUUUAUAAACAAUUGUUUACUUAUUUUUGUUACGACCUAUCUAUGAAGAUAAACAUUAUAUUUGCAUUAUUGCCGAAAAGGAUGGCGUUUGUAACAGACCUAUUCACAGCAGUGUGAAAAAGAAGACUAUGAUGGUUAUUAGCGAGUCUGAAACGGUUCUCCGACAAUUGCUUCCUCUACGAACGUUUCGUCGACAGAAUGUUUCGACAUCGGGCGUUUGAACGACAAGAAGCAUUCAUACAGGAGACAUUUUGAUUCUCCUCUAUUCUGUCGGCGAAUCGUUUGUAGAUGAAUGGUUAUCAGACUAGAGGUGAAUAUGGUCAGGUGACAGAUCUCCUGAAACGGUUCUGCGACAAUUGCAAUUGACACAAUGACGCGACGCAAAAAUUGCUUAAUCUAGUGCUAUAUGUAUUAAAUUUAAGCCCAAAAGUGGGUCUAUAUUUGUAACACGUCAAGUGUAUUGUUGUAAUUAUGCCCAUGGUUGAAUUAUAUUUAAGAACAAAUUAUGUGUAAUAGUGUGUAUAAGUGGUAUUAUAAAUUAUACUGUAUUGUGUAUAAGUAGUAUAAUAAAUUAUACAAUACUAAUAUAGUUGAUGUAUAAUUUUUA